AUGAUCAUUUUAUUUAUCUUCCUUUCUUUAGCAGAAGCCUUAAUCAGCGUCCCUCUGUAUAAAGAACUGAAACCCUUAACAAACAUUUUAAAUAAACCUCAUCCCUUUUCACUCAGAAGACUUUCAUCUUCAUCAGCGGUGACAAACUAUGAAAACGUACGCUCUAUUUAGUAUCAAUAUUACACUCAGAUUGGAGUUGGAACACCUCCACAAAACUUUACAGCGGCGGUAUCACUAAAGUAUUCUUGGAUUUUUAUAGAUAAUAAAAACUGUUCUCAAUGUCGGGAUUCGACAAUCAAAUUUGAUUCCAACAGCUCAUCAACCUUUCAAAGUGGGAAUAAAUAUUUGACCUUAGGCAAGUUAGAAGGAUAUACAGGGAAAGACACAGUCAAAUUAGGAGAUGUUGUUGCAGAAUCCCAAGGAAUACUUUUACUCAACAAGGAGUCAGGUAUAGAUACCCUUAAGUCGGAUGGUAUACUUGGCUUAGGUUUUACCACUUCAAAUGAUGAAAAUCCCUCUAUUUUGAGUAUUUUAUAUGCCCAGAAUGACAUUAGCCAUAAGAUUUUUUCGAUUUACUUAAAUGAUUGCAACAGUCCAUCUGACUUGCCUGAUUAUGGCCCAUCAGUGCUGAUGAUUGAUGGCCAUGAUAUAAAUAAAUAUUCAGCAGAAAGCAAUUUUACAUAUAUUAAAGCAGCAAAUUCAAAUGGAUCUUGGCAAAUGGACUUCGAUAGUGCUUCUUUUGACGGGGUUAUUUAUACAAGCGGAUCUGCAGCAAUAAUUACGCCUGGGACCAGCUUUAUUUUAGGGCCAACAGAUAUCAUUAAUGAUAUUUUGAAGCGCUUGCACAAUAAUUAUAACUGUUUCGGUUUUAAUGAUAAAGAUCUUUCUUGCAAUUGCAAUUCAAAUUAUCCUGAUUUUAUACUCCAAAUUAGUGGAGUAAAAUUUACAGUCAAACCAACAGCGUAUUUGAUGAAAAGUGGUCUAUUCUGCGUCCCAACCUUUGAUUAUUCAGCCAUACCCAAUAUAUCCAAUGCAUGAGUAUUGGGUGAUCCUUUCCUAAGAAGGUUUUAUUCACUUUAUGACAUGGAUAACAUGAAAAUCGGCUUUGCUACUGUCGGACAUACAUCUCAGAUAAGCUAUAAUAAUUCUUCUAGCUCAAACAGUUCUGGCAGUGGAUCUUCUGGAACAAACUCUACUUCAGGCUCUAACAGCACAAAUUCAGGUAGCGGUUCAGGAACUUCAGGAAAUGGCUCUGGGACGACCAAUCCACCAACAGGCUCAGGAUCCAAUGGCUCAGGUACCCAUAAUUCAACAGGCUCAGGGUCCAAUAAUUCAGGUACCCCUAAUUCAACAGAUUCAGGUGGUACAAAUUCUAAUAACAGUAGCUCUUCUGAUAGUUCAGAUGACAACUGGAAGCUAAUCCUUGCUAUAGCACUUCCUGUGUCAGCAGUCUUCAUAGCUUUGGUAGCAUUUUUGGCUAUUCUCUUCAUAAAAAUCAGAAAAAGUCGCAAAUCAGUCCAAAAAACGCUGGAAGAGGAAGACUUCCGAACACGUGAAGAAGCGCAGGCACAAGUAGCUUCCAACAAUUUUCCCGAUAAAGAUUAUCAAUCGAAAGAGACAGCUGCUUAUUCAGCAUUUGGCCCUUUCAAACAAUGCGGAAUUUGUGCAAGCAUGCUUCCUGCAAAAGCCUUAAUAGGGUUUCCUUGCGAUCACUAUUUUUGUAAAGUUGAUUUAAAGCAUUUUUUAGAGAAGAAUAUCAAUGAAAAUUCUAUGGAACCAGCUAUUAGAUGCCCCAUUAAUAAUUGUCCUGGAGAGAUCAACUCUAUCGCAGUUCAGAGUUUAUGGGAUGAGUUCCAAAAAAACCAUGCCAUAAGUAUCAAUUUGAGCAGUAUUAGUCUAGAAUUGAAAAACAAUGAAAUUGCUGACGCAGAGAAAAAUGGCAAUGCUUUGUAG